AUGACCAAACGUCAACGAGCGAAAUACUACAAUGAACAAGAAGAUGAAAAGUACCUUGAGCUACCUAUGGAGAGCAACAGGAAAAAGAGCCUUACCCAGGAAGAACAAGCAUUGAAACGAUCUGAAGUGGCUCGACGACGGAAGCAUCAAAGUGCACAGCGUGCUGAAAAGGACAAGGAAGAUACAAUCAAUCGACUGCUCAAGAAACAGGCCAGCAAAAGCAAACGGAUAAUCAAGGAUGACCAAGACUCGAACCAGACCAAUACGCCGGUGAAAAUGACACCAAGCAACAGCGUACGCUACACGAGUACGAGCGCGGGAAGUCAAUUGUCAUUACCUACAAGCUUGCUGGAUGAACUUACCAAUAACUGCAUGCAAAGAGUGACAUGUGUUAUCCACGGAUGCAAAAACGAGAAAAAGUACAUUGCAAAAGCAAGUGGCAAAGCCGUCUGUUCAUUGGAGCACUAUAAGUUGGCAGAGCGAACAUGA